GUUCCAACCAGCAAUUUGACGGCAGCUGUGGAUGAUUAACUUUACCGUGGGAAACCACAUUUCUCGGAUACGCUAAAAUCAUCUUCUUGUUCCUUAGCAUCCACAUCCUAUCCACAUUCACACACCAAGUUUUUCAUCUUCAUCUAUGACGAUGAAUCCGCAAUGGAGCACCGGCAAGAGAUUUCUCACCGCAAGAUAUUCAAGGAUACAAUUACCUCCAAUAUCAAGCAUCACGAUGGCCAUUGCUUUCAACAUGAACAUGGUCUCGUACCUCUCUUGAGUUGCUUCAUAUCAUGACAUGACCCACCAACAAAUGUUAAGGAACGACGGUAACAAGCAGGAAUAACCAGUCGUAAUAAGGGUCCUUCGGUUGGACACCCGGUCCGCCGAUGCCUUUGCUCCAGUGAGAGAGACUAUCCCAAUACCUUAUUAACCUUUUCAAGGAUCGGAUCUUUACGACAACGAUAACUUCCUAGCCUUGCUUAUUAGUUGAAUACCUUCGUCGCCGAGAUGCCAAAAAUAAGUGGUCUAAAGGUCUGUCAAACUUUCUCCAAAGACUACCCAAGUAUUUUCUGUCACUUAGAACAGAGGUCUCAAGUCUUCUUGCAUCCCCUUGCUCAGGUUCCAAGCCUCCGAGCGCCGGCCCCAGGGGAAAUUUUGGUACCAGUGGGGCCUGUUCCGCUUGCCCAGCCACCAAGUCAAUGGAUGAAUUCUCGGCUUGUUUUCUUAGCUGCUACGCCAAGCCUGGCUGUAUGUAAACCAUCCCGAUGAGCAACACGGAACUUCCUAGAGACACUUCCUCCUCUGAUCUGGCUGCUGUCUUGACAAAUUAGACGGCCAAUUCUGGCUGUUAUGUCUAAGCCAAAACUACUAGUCGGGGGCAAAGAGAAGGGAACCGAACUUGUUUGUCAGGAUUGCUUCUAGAGCGAGCCUAGAUGACGGACGGGGUCAACAAAAGUCUGGAGGGGGAUCCCGAUGCUGAGGCACUUAUGGGGACGGACCCGAUGGAAUACUCCACUCGUCGCGUGCGUUGAAAUCGAAGCAAUGGAGCAAGCAAGGGGUCCUCUUAUUUCGGAGGAAAUGGUCGGACGUAACGGUACUUGAACGUUGCACUUCUCUCACGUACUCGUCAUGUUGGUCGAACAGAGCACGGCUCUACUCGGAGCAACUCAGCAAGCAAUGAAACCAAUUUGUCGUAACACUCGGCUCACCCUGCGUUUAGCAAAUGUCAAAGGGUAUAGCCAAGAAACACACGGUAACAUCGCAAUCUUCAGCAACGAAACACAGCCAAGAGAGCCUAUCAAACAACGGCCUCUAGCCCGAAUAGGGUCUGGGCGGCAGUUGGCCAUGGUCAUUAUGACAGCAGCUUUCACGGCGACGACACGAGGGGGCUGUUCGCACAGACACAGUUCGAUUCUGCUUAUUUAUUAUUGCGUUUCAUUGCUAGUCUGUGCAAUGUGAAGCAGAGAAAAGAGAAGGAAAGUUGAUCCGUUCAUGCGGGGAACUCUAAAGUUCUCUUGUCUUGGAGUGGCAUUGACUGCGAGCUAUGGUAGCUGAGGCCUGGAUAUAAUCUCCUCCCUGAGAGAAGGAGAUGAGACAAAGUUGUCGCUUCCGAGUGUGAUGGAAUAAGCAAAGUCUAUCACUUUCAGCAUCUCCUCAGUAUGUUUUGGAGACUCUCCCUCCUGUCGCGUGUCCAUCAAAUCUAUCCGUACAUGCGCAUGCAUACCUCGUCUUGCACAUGUCGAAACUGUCUCGUCUUCCUUCUCGCUUCCAAAGCAGUGGAUUACCUUGCCUUGCCUUGCCUACCAUCCGCUACUGUACCGAGAGCGGAUACGAUACGAUGCGAUGGUACCUCAUCUUUUUAGCCUAAGGUAACCUGGUUAGGCUUAGGUUACCUUUGGGCCGCCAUCGUUUUGUCUCCUCUUCUCUUCUCGUCUUGUCUUUUUUAUUCGCGCGAGAUGGAGCCGGCCACAAAAGGACUCAAAACGGAGACCCCAGGAGCAAUGACCAAGGGGGACCAGGGGGGAAUGACUUGUGACAGUUGUUCCAGAAGCCUUCGACGAAGAAAAUAAACCCCUGUUCUGGUGGGUCACUUACAUUCACUUUGGUACAGCGAGAUCCGUGAGAGACUGGGAGUGAGGCUGUCUCUGAUAUUUCCUUCUUUUGUGUCUUUUUUUGCUUUUGCUGAAACACUUUUGAUUCACGAUUCAUGGUAACAGAGUCAGAAACCUCAGCUUCCUUUCGUUUCCUUUCUUUUCUCAUCAAUAGCCCGCAAAUACAACCUAGGCGAUCCCUUGAUAUGGAUUCACAAAAAGUCCUCGUUUACUUCACUUACCUGGAACAAGACCCAAGUGUCAUUUGUCAAAGGACAUUGCGGACGUCAAGAUGAGCCCACGACGUGGUCAACCCCUGGAAAUCGUGGUCAAGGCUUCCAAACAAGCGACAACCGCGGCAAUGCAAAGCAGGCAAUUGCGUUUUGAGUUCAGUUUCUUCCACGUGUGUUAUCAUAGCAUUGCUUAUAAUUUUAGUCUAGAUCGUAUACCAAGCAAUAAGAGCUGAGAAUUAAGGAUCUGACUAGCUGUGAAUCCGUUGCUCUUG